GCUCGGUCCUCCCCUCGGAGCAGCGCCGGGACGGGAAGCCGGAGCCAUGCAGUCGGAGUCGGGGAUCGUGCCGGAUUUCGAAGUCGGGGAGGAGUUUCACGAAGAGCCCAAAACCUAUUACGAACUCAAAAGUCAGCCCCUGAAGAGCAGCAGUUCCGAGGAGCAUCCUGGGGCCUCCAAGCCUCCGAUAAGCUCCUCCAGUAUGACAUCACGCAUCUUGCUACGCCAGCAACUCAUGCGUGAGCAGAUGCAGGAGCAGGAGCGCAGGGAGCAGCAGCAGAAGCUGCAGGCGGCCCAGUUCAUGCAACAGAGAGUGCCUGUGAGUCAGACACCAGCCAUAAACGUCAGCGUGCCCACCACCCUUUCCUCUGCCACGCAGGUGCCGAUGGAAGUCCUUAAGGUGCAGACCCACCUCGAAAACCCCACCAAGUACCACAUACAGCAAGCCCAAAGGCAGCAGGUAAAGCAGUACCUUUCUACCACUUUAGCAAAUAAACAUGCCAACCAAGUCCUGAGCUUGCCAUGUCCAAACCAGCCUGGCGAUCAUGUCAUGCCACCAGUGCCGGGGAGCAGCGCACCCAACAGCCCCAUGGCUAUGCUUACACUUAACUCCAACUGUGAAAAAGAGGGAUUUUAUAAGUUUGAAGAACAAAACAGGGCGGAGAGUGACUGCCCAACGAUGAACACGCACACCCGAGCGUCCUGCAUGCAGAUGGAUGAUGUUAUCGAUGACAUCAUUAGCCUAGAAUCAAGUUAUAAUGAAGAAAUCCUGAGCUUGAUGGAUCCUGCCUUACAAAUGGCAAAUACGCUGCCGGUGUCCGGGAACCUGGUGGACCUGUACGGCACGCAAGGGCUGCCCCCGCCCGGCCUGGCCAUCAGCAGCUCCUGCCCCGCCAGCCUCCCCAACAUAAAGAGGGAGCUCACAGCGUGUAUUUUCCCCACAGAGUCUGAAGCGAGAGCACUGGCUAAAGAAAGACAAAAAAAGGACAAUCACAACUUGAUUGAACGGAGAAGAAGAUUCAACAUAAAUGACCGCAUUAAGGAACUCGGUACUUUGAUUCCCAAGUCCAAUGAUCCAGACAUGCGCUGGAACAAGGGCACCAUCCUGAAGGCGUCUGUGGACUACAUCCGGAAGCUGCAGCGGGAACAGCAGCGCGCCAAGGAGCUGGAGACGCGGCAGAAGAGGCUGGAGCACGCCAACCGGCACCUGCUGCUCAGGGUCCAGGAACUUGAGAUGCAGGCUCGAGCUCAUGGACUUUCCCUGAUUCCGUCCACGGGUCUCUGCUCUGCAGAUCUGGUGAAUCGGAUCAUCAAGCAAGAACCCUCCCUUGAGAACUGCAGCCAAGACCUCCUUCAGCAUCACGCAGACCUAACUGGCACCACCACCCUCGAUCUCACAGACGGCUCCAUCAGCUUCAACAGCAGCCUUGGGACCGGGACCGAGAGCAGCCAAGCCUACAGUGUCCCCACGAAAAUGGGCUCUAAACUGGAAGACAUCCUGAUGGAUGACACGCUUUCUCCUGUCGGCGUGACUGACCCCCUUCUGUCCUCGGUGUCCCCGGGUGCUUCCAAAGCCAGCAGCCGGAGGAGCAGUGUGAGCAUGGAGGAGCCCGAGCAGGCCUGUUAGCGAGCUCCCGGCUCCCUUCUCUCCUCACCGGUAGAUGCAACUGACCUGAAGGGGUUUUCUUGAUAAUUUUCCUUUAAUAUGAAUUUUUUUCAUGCUUUAUCAAUAGCCCAGGAUAUAUUUUAUUUUUAGAGUUUUGUGAAACAGACUUGUAUAUUCUACUCUGCAACUACAAAUGCCUCCGAAGUAUUGUACAGUGAGUGUACAGUGUCUGCGAACGGAACUCACCCUGGAUGUCAGCUUUCUGAGCACGAGGAUUCUGCGCCAGAGAAAUUUCUGUCCAUUCUUAUUCAGGGGAAACAGGUUGGAGAUGUUUAUGCCUGUGAUUUUCUUGGGAAUUAAAUGUAAAGUUUAAUCAGAAGAAUGUAAAGCAACCAAAAAAAUAAAUAAAAAGAGAAAGACAGAGGAAAGAAAAGAAGAAAUUCACACUAACCUUUUCCAUUUUGUAAAUGUUCAUUGGUACUGCCUUAAAGGCACAGUACCCUCUAGCAUCUGUCUUUAUAUGCAAACUAGUUAAAGAAAUACUAUAUUCCGCAAAAGAAAAACUGCAACCAUUGUCAUGAGGAGUGUCUGGUGAGAAAAAUCAUUGAUAUGUUACUUACCACUGCAAUUUCAGGGAGACAGGCCAGGGCUCUGAAACAUGGCGUCUGGUCUCCCCCUACUGUUACAUUUUCCUCAUCAAUGAGUAUGACUCCAUUUUUCAAAAGAUAUUUUAUUUUGAAAUGAAAAUCAAUGUCCUCGUGAAGCAAAAUAUUGAGGAGCACUGAAUAUUUCACUAUUUUUUUCUUCAAUUUUGCUUUUGAUAAGAAAACCAAACUGGGCACAUUUCCAAUUGGCUUUAACUAUUUUUAAUUUUUAAUUAUGUUUUAUUGUUUAUUUGAGUUGUACAGAUUCUUUAUUAUCAUCAUUCUUUUCAGUAUGUUUGUAUUAAUUUGUAAGAAUAUGCAUCUUAAAAUGACAAGUUUUCAAUAUUUUUACAACCCACUGGUGGUUUUCUGCUUUCUUUGUACACACGAAGGAAAACUUUCACGCAAGGUCUUGUGUUUGAGAGCUUUGCGAAUAUUUUGUAAUCACAGUCUCACUCAGAACUGUUUUUCCACACAUUCAAGGCAUAGUAUUAAUAGGUAAAACUGGUCUUCUAGGGAGAUUAAACUUACAUAUUUAUUUUUAGUGAUAUAAAAAUAGCAAUAUUCUUGGAGACUGGUAACCAUAGCGUUAAUAUGCGCAUUAUGGUCAUUUAAAUUGAGUUUUAUUUCAGCAAACGUGCUGAGUUUUGUCAGAGAGAGAAGCACUGUGUUGGCAGGUGACGGGUCCUUGCUGACCUGUGACAACAGCCGUGCAGGGCCUCGUGCCCGCCUCGUGCCCGUCUCCCGGUCGGCGGGCCCGCAGAGCGAGCGCCCACGUGUUCUGUCCUGCUGGGUGUCUCCCCCAGGUGGCGUGUGGUGCGAGGAGCGGGCAUCGAAGGAACUCCUCAGCAGCAGCCUCCACCUGAGCAGCAAGCGGCAUGAAGCAUACCCUUCAGAGUGAAGUGCCUUAAAUACAGCAGCAGCCUCUGGCCCAGCACCGACUGAACUGUGCGCAGGGGCGUGGGGGGCGUGGUGGAGAGGAGCAAGAGCGCGGUGCUCUGUGGACAGUGUACGAGCUUCCACUUCUCCUUCAGAUAUUUUUAAUAUGAAAUAUAUUUUAGUGACAGAGUGCCAACUUCUUUCAUCAGGAAACCUUAUUCAGGAGGGUUUUUAAAAAAUGUAAAUGAACUUAAAUGUGAAUUGGUGAUGGGUGUGGGAGGGUUCAGAGAGGAGUGAUUGCCAAAUGUAUGAAUGGAUGGCUUACAUGGAAAUGCUUCACUGCAUAGCCCCACGCACGCUGGGCAGUGAGAAUCCUCGGGAAUCUGAUGAUGCUAUCAGUUUUAUAGCUUUAUCACUUAAGGGGGUAGGGGAAAUUAGUUCCCAUUCUUUCAGCCCCCCUAACUGUAUAGAUAGCUCUUCUCCUAGAAUAGUGAUAUGGAUGUGCACGAACAGCUAACUACCAUAGUGUUCACUGAUACAAUCAUAGCAUUGUCCAUUUUCUCUUCGCGUUUAUAUGGGGGGAGGGGCCUGGAUGCCAAAGUCAAAGAUUGACAUGGUGUGAUGCUAGUUUUCUUUAGCUGAUUUGAAGGGUUCUUAAAAAUAGAGCAAGGUUUGCUAACCCCAGGUGCAGGGAACUGGGCCGGGUUGUGUGGAUCGUAGAAAGCUUUUCUGGGAGAAAGCAUGGCAUCUUGUACCACUCUCCGGGUCUCGCAGCUCCUGAGUCACCAUGGCCUGCCUCCCCAGACCCUUCUCGAGGGACAGUUUCCGGGAGUGGCGAGUGAGUAAGCCCAGGAGAAUGCUGCAGCUGGGGAGUGGUUUUAUUUAUUUCUUUUUGCCAAAUAGAGUGUGGAUUUGUUUUAGGAACUAGUUAAGCCAAGAGGUGGUGGUUUGGGCUUGCCCUUUGUGACGAGAGACUGAUCCACACCACUCCCCCAUCCCUCGGUGCAGAAUUGUGACUUGGGGUUGGGCCUCCAUCUGGAGGGACUAAAAUGCCAAACUUGUGCGCCUGCCUCUGGGUAAGGUAAUGGAAAUACCAAACUUUCUGACUUUGCCAAAAACCAUACAACCAACCUGGUGAUACCUAGGAUGACAAAGUUCUUUCUGUUUUGUUUUUUUUUUUAAAU